AAGCGACGCAAAGAAGGAAGGGAAACUUUGAUUUCUGCAAGUCAGCUAAAACCAACCACUUGUUUCUUUCUUCCAACUUCCUUUAUUUGUGCGGCUGAAGAAGCACAAUCAUCCUUCCCAUAGAACGUGGUGGAGAUCUCCUCCGAAGAGACAACAUGGGAAACAAAUCCUGGCUGUCGGUGUGCUUGUUGAUCCUGAUCCUGGACGUGGUCACUCCUCAAGGAACCACCUGCCAGGCCCCCAACGGCAGAGAUGGGCAUCCGGGGGCUCCGGGCCGAGACGGACGACCGGGACAGAAGGGCGACGUCGGCGAACCAGGAAUGGCCGCACGGAGCACGGGUGUCCGGGGUCUCAAAGGCGACCCGGGGGAGCCCGGACCGCCAGGGAAGCCCGGCAACCAAGGUUACCCCGGUCCGGAUGGUCCCGCCGGCCCCGCAGGGGAAACGGGCAGCAAAGGCGUCAAGGGCCAAGUCAGCAACGUCCAGGACCAGAGCCGGACGGCCUUCUCGGCCACUCGGAAGAACCCGGACCCGACCCCGAACGCCAACGCCGUGGUCUUCAACAACGUCCUCACCAACCAAGACAACCGCUACAGCGCCCUGACCGGGGAGUUCACCUGCAAAGACCCCGGGUACUACUACUUCAGCUUCCAGGUGGUUUCCAGCGGCAGCCUCUGCCUCCGCCUCAUGCACAAAGGCGCCGUGGUGGCCACUUUCUGUGAUGAAAACAACCACAGGGUCCAUCAAGUCAACUCGGGCAGCAGCGUCCUCAAGCUGGCUGAGGGGGAACGGGUGUGGCUGGAGAGGGACCCCGAAGACGGGAGCAGCAACAUUUACGACGGUCCCGAUGCCGACAGUGUGUUCAGCGGCUUCUUGUUGUUCCCGUCGGAGGCGUGAGAAGGCCACCUUGGCACCACAAAGAACGUUGUGCCAACCUAAUGUAUACCUGAGCAUCUCUCCCACUGUUUGCCACAUUAGAUGCUCAGAGGAAGGCCAACUAACAUCUAGAAUUAGUGCUACACGUGGGGUCAAGCAGGGCUGCAUACUACUCCGUGCAACAUAUUCCUCUAUCAUAGUCCCAAGCUCCAUACUACACAUGUUUUCUUACUCUCCUAUGCAGAUGAUACUGUGUUAUUGUCCUUAUUAAUAUCGGCCUUCAACGCUUAAUGCACUGCUUUGCUACUGAGCUCUGUCCUACCCAUAUUACCUUAUUCUCCUAUGCAGACGAUACUGUGCUAUUAUCCUUAUCUAGUAUCGCACAAAGCAUUAAACACUUACUAAUGCUUUGCUACCAAGCUCCAUCCUACCCAUGUUCCCUUAUUCUUAUAUGCAGACGAUACUGUCUUAUUGUCCUUAUUAGUAUCGGCCUUCAAUGCUUAAUGCACUGCUUUGCUACUGAGCUCCAUCCUACCCAUAUUACCUUAUUCUUCUAUGCAGAUGAUACUGUGCUAUUAUCCUUAUCUAGUAUCGCACAAUGCAUUAAACACAAUAAUGCUUUGCUACUGAGCUCCAUCCUACCCAUGUUCCCUUAUUCUCAUACGCAGACGAUACUGUGCUAUUGUCCUUAUCUAGUAUCGCACAAUGCAUUAAACACUUACUAAUGCUUUGCUACCAAGCUCCAUCCUACCCAUGUUCCCUUAUUCUUAUAUGCAGACGAUACUGUCUUAUUGUCCUUAUUAGUAUCGGCCUUCAAUGCUUAAUGCACUGCUUUGCUACUGAGCUCCAUCCUACCCAUAUUACCUUACUCUCCUAUGCAGACGAUACUGUGUUAUUGUCCUUAUCUAGUAUCGCACAAUGCAUUAACCCCUUAAUGCAUUACUUUGCCAUCAAACUCCAUUCUACACAUGUUUUGUUACUCUCCUAUGCAGACGAUACUGUGCUAUUGUCCUUAUCUAGUAUCGCACAAUGCAUUAAACACUUACUAAUGCUUUGCUACCAAGCUCCAUCCUACCCAUGUUCCCUUAUUCUUAUAUGCAGACGAUACUGUCUUAUUGUCCUUAUUAGUAUCGGCCUUCAAUGCUUAAUGCACUGCUUUGCUACUGAGCUCCAUCCUACCCAUAUUACCUUACUCUCCUAUGCAGACGAUACUGUGUUAUUGUCCUUAUCUAGUAUCGCACAAUGCAUUAACCCCUUAAUGCAUUACUUUGCCAUCAAACUCCAUUCUACACAUGUUUUGUUACUCUCCUAUGCAGACGAUACUGUACUAUUGUCCUUAUCUAGUAUCGCACAAUGCAUUAAACACUUACUAAUGCUUUGCUACCAAGCUCCAUCCUACCCAUGUUCCCUUAUUCUUAUAUGCAGACGAUACUGUCUUAUUGUCCUUAUUAGUAUCGGCCUUCAACACUUAAUGCACUGCUUUGCUACUGAGCUCCAUCCUACCCAUAUUACCUUAUUCUUCUAUGCAGAUGAUACUGUGCUAUUAUCCUUAUCUAGUAUCACACAAUGCAUUAAACACAAUAAUGCUUUGCUACUGAGCUCCAUCCUACCCAUGUUCCCUUAUUCUCAUACGCAGACGAUACUGUGCUAUUGUCCUUAUCUAGUAUCGCACAAUGCAUUAAACACUUACUAAUGCUUUGCUACCAAGCUCCAUCCUACCCAUGUUCCCUUAUUCUUAUAUGCAGACGAUACUGUCUUAUUGUCCUUAUUAGUAUCGGCCUUCAACACUUAAUGCACUGCUUUGCUACUGAGCUCCAUCCUACCCAUAUUACCUUACUCUCAUAUGCAGACAAUACUGUGUUAUUGUCCUUAUCUAGUAUCGCACAAUGCAUUAACCCCUUAAUGCAUUACUUUGCCAUCAAACUCCAUUCCACACAUGUUUUGUUACUCUCCUAUGCAGACGAUACUGUACUAUUGUCCUUAUCUAGUAUUGCACAAUGCAUUCAAUACUUAAUGCAUUGCUUUGCCAUCAAACUCCAUUCCACACAUGUUUUGUUACUCUCCUAUGCAGACGAUACUAUGCUAUUGUCCUUAUCUAGUAUCGCACAAUGCAUUAAACACAAUAAUGCUUUGCUACUGAGCUCCAUCCUACCCAUGUUCCCUUAUUCUCAUACGCAGACGAUACUGUGCUAUUGUCCUUAUCUAGUAUCGCACAAUGCAUUAAACACUUACUAAUGCUUUGCUACUGAGCUCCAUCCUACCCAUGUUCCCUUAUUCUUAUAUGCAGACGAUACUGUCUUAUUGUCCUUAUUAGUAUCGGCCUUCAACACUUAAUGCACUGCUUUGCUACUGAGCUCCAUCCUACCCAUAUUACCUUACUCUCAUAUGCAGACAAUACUGUGUUAUUGUCCUUAUCUAGUAUCGCACAAUGCAUUAACCCCUUAAUGCGUUACUUUGCCAUCAAACUCCAUUCUACACAUGUUUUGUUACUCUCCUAUGCAGACGAUACUGUACUAUUGUCCUGAUCUAGUAUCGGCCUUCAACGCUUAAUGCACUGCUUUGCUACUGAGCUCCAUCCUACCCAUAUUACCUUACUCUCCUAUGCAGACGAUACUGUGUUAUUGUCCUUAUCUAGUAUCGCACAAUGCAUUAACCCCUUAAUGCAUUACUUUGCCAUCAAACUCCAUUCUACACAUGUUUUGUUACUCUCCUAUGCAGACGAUACUGUACUAUUGUCCUGAUCUAGUAUCGGCCUUCAACGCUUAAUGCACUGCUUUGCUACUGAGCUCCAUCCUACCCAUAUUACCUUAUUCUCAUAUGCUGUGCUAUUGUAUAAGACUACACCUCUUCCAAUGCGCACCAAAUAAAAAUCAAAAAAAUCAAAUUUUA